AAACGAGAAACUAACUUUAUGUUUGACAUUUGCUUCUUGAUGACAUUUUUUAUGCUGGAGGAGAAAAAAAGGCAAAAGUAAAACAGAUGCAGCAGUUUGCAAAACCCUGUUUAAGCAACCUAUAAUAAAAUACAUCAGUAUCCCUCUGACAUGUUACAAAAGCAGACUCACCUGUUUCUUUAAACUACAAAUCAAGAAUGUUUUCUUAAAUACAUUUUUUUUUUACAAAGCUCAACUUUGUAAAUUGCCUGUAUGUCUGUUAACUUUAUGUGACUUGGUUGCUUAUUCGGCGUCUUCUACUUGGAACCUUUUAUUUAAUCUUUAAAGCUGCAUAUUUUGUAGAAUAUAUCUGAUAAAUCUGAUCAAGAAUAGCUCAAAGUCCUGAGUAGAUAAUAGUCUGAUUUGAAAGCACCAAAUUUUACUUUCUGUAAUUAGCAACAGCUCUGUGCAAUCUUCAUUGUUACUAGUUUAUUUUCAGUCACUUUCUGUUAUUUAUGCCGUGAAAUAAAUAAAAUAUAUCUUGUAUAUGUAAAAGAGAUUUUAUUAUUUAGACUUCUUUUCUCUCCGAGACAUUUUUCCCGUUAGGAGCGUUUUUGCGGCGCUUUUAUUUUGAAAUAAUGAACUAGAAUUUUUCCUGCAGUCUGUCAGCCUUGACUCGGGGGUUGCUAAGGCAUGCGCGCCAUAGCAACCGGCUCACCAGUGAAGGAAAAGUGAAGAUUUUAAUGUUCAUGUUGUUUAAACACACGAGGAAGAAGAAAAUGAUGAUGAUGAUGAAGGGUCCCUUCCAACCUUCGAGACCGGAUACAGAAACAUCCCAAUGAGGUAAAAAUGCCAGGAACUAAAGUCAUCAAGCCUAAACCAGUCGAUACAACGAGGAAAACCCAGGAGAGACCCAAAGCGGCCAAAGAGGCGCAGAGUGAGCUCCGAGUUCCCGCUGUGCGCAAAAGCCGCGCCUCCAGCUGUCCGAGAAACCCGCAGCCUGAGCGGUGCCAAAGACCGACCGGCGGGCCGCAGGGGUCACCCUCCAAACCAGGGAGCGAGAGGAGAACCAGGUCCACCUCCACUGCCCCCAAACCUCCACAGAACUGCUCCAAAGCGAACCGGGACUGCAGGAGGGCCAAUGAUGCCGCCGUGGAGCCCAAAUAUCAAAGAGAGGAGCGGACAGUGCGAGCGGAGGCCAAGUACGCAACAAGCCACAGUAACAAAGCUUUCACCGUCAUCCCCCCAAAUCCCAAGAAGAGAAGAGAGAUCCAGAAAAAGGCGGAGGCGGAGCUCGCCGCCUUAGAGGAGCUGCGUCUGAGCCGAGCAAUGGCGUAUGUUUCCAUCAACCCCAGCAGUGUUGGCGGCUGCAUGAGUCUGGAGGAAGUACGCUCGAAGCAGCAGCAGGAAAUGAUGCUGGCGAAGAAGAAGCAGAAACCGAUGAAGAAGCCGGUGUUGGAGGAAACGUCCGUCCUGACGAGCUGAGCGUCUCCUCCUGCCUCGACUCCUCGCUGCAGCUCAAACAUAGAAAUCACAUAUUUAAGGAGCAAACUUUAAAUAAGUCUUUUUAGUGAAAUAUUUACAGAUGAACAAACAGAUGUCAGAGCUCACGUAUGUCACCGUUGUUGUCAUAUAGUGGUUCGAUUAUGGUUGUUUCACAGUUCUGUGAGUAGCUUUGUGGUCAAAUGAAAAUUUACUUUUUAUCCAAGUUGAAAUAGGAAAUAACUUUAUUAACAGGUCGAUGAUUCAAACAUCUUCCUCCGAGCUUUCAGCCAUCACGUCAGUAACAUGGAGCUCAGGGAAUCUUGUAUGUGCAGCUCAAACUGCAACCAUCGUGGGCCCGAAUGUGAUAAAUAUAAAGAGUUGUGUGCUAACACACAGACAGAAGCUGGCUCACUGCUCACAGGUACUCCAGGCUCACCUGUUGGAUGUGUUUGGUUAGAUUAAUUUUUCUUUGUAGGAUUUUGAUGCAUUUUCUUUACCUUUGUUUUUAUUUUAUUUGAAGUUUUCAUUAAAUCUGCAGCCACGUGUUCAAACUGCAAACACCGGAAAUAAAAAGGUUUGCUGCAACAAGCAGACUCAGGUAACACCUCUGACCGACUGUGAGGUGUGGCCUGUGAACGCAUCACGCCACUCUUCACUCUUACGUAAUUCAAACACAACAGAGCAGAACUGACAUAAACGGGCUGUGGCCAGCACAGAGGACAGGUGACCAAUAACAAUAUGUUCACUUAAUAUUUACAAUAAAUGUUCAAGCAGCUUCUCUCUCUGCGUCACAGCUCAGUGUGCAAAGCAGCGCUCCUGCUCUUUGACAUUUAGAAAAACUCCUCUUCAAGAUGAAGAUCGUAAAGUUUUCCCGGUGUUAUUCCACGACUCUGAAACUGCCUCCAAUGACAUUUCAGAGGUAGGACCUGGCUGCCUCACCCACGAGGUGUUUGAGGCAUGUCCGGAUUUCUGAUUUCUACCCACAGGAGAGGUCGUAGGGGUUUGGUGCUUGGUGGCUCAGGCAGCGGUCUGGGGUGCAGCCGCUGGUUGCUGAAUCUGGCCAGUGUUGAUUUCUAUUUAGAAUUUUUUUAAACU